CACGCUCAAAAGGAGACGCCAGGGACAGGAUUUAGCAGGAAAGGGAAAAGUUCUCUUUAGUGUAGGAAGGGGAUCCCUAUUUAGCAAGUGCUACCGAGCUGGAUGUUUGGAGUUUUAAAUGGAGAGCGAGAGGUUUUCCGUGAAUUUCGAAAAGCUUUGCCCCGGGAUGAAAAAUAUCGUUUUCACUUUUAACAUCUGCAUUAAGUACACAGCCGCGACAGGAAUAACUAUCAGAGGAAGGUGGAUGGAGCUUUGAAAAGGAUGGGCAAACAGCGGAUGGCAGUAUUUUAAUUGUGAUGUGGUGGAUGUUAAGUUUUUUUUUUAAAUCAAAACAAGAAAGGAAAAGAAGAUGGGAAGUUCUGAAAUUCUAUGUCCUGGGCACUCUUGAAGUGUAUUUCAUAUUUAUGUAAUCGAAUAUCGUGGAAUUUUACAGUCGGGAAGAAAGGAUUUUAAAGGGAAGGACGCGAUCGUGUAAAAACCGUGCUGUGCUUUGCAAAUAGUUCUUGCGUAUUGUACUUGAAUCAGUAGGAGGUAAACAUCAGUUCUCUGCAAUUUGAUUUGCGGUAGCGGGAUUUCGGUAUAUUCUGAAGCAGCCUAGUCCAGAAAGUUUCACUGAUGUUUUUUUCCAUUUGAUUUCCAUUUUGAUACAGUCAAAGCUAUUUCAAUGCAACGAAACAAGAGGGACUGACAAGAAGUUGUAAAAUAACUUCGGAAAGCUAACGUCUGUGUUUUAUCGACACAGUUCAAAAACAAUAUUGUCGCUGUGAUAUUUAAUUUGACCCAUUGAUGCUGUACUAUGAUUCCACGGAUCCGACUUUUCCCACUCUGUUUCCAUAUAUUUAUUUCCGAGGGAAAAGGGAAAAGUGAAUCCUCGACUCCGGACCUUCAGGAAUUCUAACGAGCUGAAAAGUGAACUGGGAUAUUUCUCCUGUUUUGUACUUAUCGCAGGCUAUAUUUACCGAUUUGCAUAUCCAGGAAAUAGUAUUUAUCACAGUUGUGGGAUACGUCUUUUUUUUUGUUUGUCACGAUGAUGGCUGGACUGUCUCCCCUGGGCUCUGCGGCUCCGUUGUGGUAUCACCGGGACCUGAGCCGAGCCGCGGCGGAGGAGCUGCUGGCCCGGGCCGGUCGAGAUGGGAGUUUCCUCGUGCGAGACAGCGAGAGUGUCAGCGGCGCGUACGCCCUCUGCGUGCUGUUUCAGAAGCAUGUCCACACUUAUAGAAUACUCCCAGAUGAAGAGGGCUUCCUGGCAGUUCAGACCUCUCAGGGAGUGCAGCCCAAGCGCUUUAAGACCCUGCCUGAGCUGAUCCAGUUGUAUCUGCAGCCCAACCAGGGGCUAGUCAGCACACUGCUGUACCCAGUGGAAAGAGAGGAAAGCCUUGAGGACAGAGACUACUCUGAUGGGGAGGAUGACAAGCCGCCCCUUCCUCCUCGGACCGCCUCCACCAGCAGCCCUGCCUCUUCCAGCUCGGCUGUGGUCCCUGCUGGACAGGACCUUCAGAUCGACAGUGCCUCCAAUGGGCUGAGCACCAUCUCUCAUGAGUACCUGAAAGGCAGCUAUGCUCUGGAUUUGGAGGCUGUGAAGCAGGGAGCCAGUUCUCUUCCCCACCUCAACAAGACUCUGGUUGCCUCCUGCAAGCGCCUCCAUGGGGAGGUGGAUAAAGUCUUAGCUGGGCUUGAGAUUUUGUCCAAAGUGUUUGACCAGCAAAGUGCACUCAUGGUAUCUCGGAUGAUACAACAGUCAGGAAGUCAAGGAGGAGACCAGGACUUGGACAGCUUGGUGACCAAGCUGUCCAUCCUCAAGGACCUUCUGUCUUCCAUUGAGAAGAAGGUGAGAACCCCUCCAGACUGCUUUAAACCACAAGACACUCCUAAUGUGAAGCUGGAUGUCAAUCUGGCAGACCUCACCAAGAUCGGCAAAUCCCAGAAGCACACGCUGAGCGUGGAUGUGGAGGGAGGCAAGCUGGUGGUCAUGAAGAAGGUGAAGGACUCUCAGGAGGACUGGAACACCUUCACUCACGAUAAGAUUCGGCAGCUGAUCAAAUCCCAGCGGGUACAGAAUAAGCUGGGCAUCGUGUUUGAGAAGGAGAAGGACAAGAGCCAAAGGAAGGACUUCAUCUUCGCCAGUGCCAAGAAAAGGGAAGCCUUUUGCCAGCUUCUACAACUCAUGAAGAAUAAACAUUCCAAUCAAGAUGAGCCAGACAUGAUAUCCAUUUUCAUUGGGACAUGGAAUAUGGGCAGUGUACCUCCUCCCAAGAGCAUGAGCUCCUGGAUUCUGUCACGGGGCCUGGGGAAGACGCUGGAUGAGAUGACGGUCACCAUCCCUCACGACAUCUAUGUCUUCGGCACUCAGGAGAACUCCGUCUGCGACAAGGAGUGGGUGGAGACCCUGCGUGGGGUGCUCAAGGAGUGCACGGAGAUGGACUUCAAACCAAUUGCUAUUCAGACACUAUGGAAUAUAAAGAUUGCUGUCCUUGUGAAACCAGAACAUGAGAACCGGAUCAGCCAUGUGGGCAUGUCCAGCGUUAAGACUGGGAUUGCCAACACGCUGGGUAACAAAGGUGCUGUCGGUGUUUCCUUCAUGUUCAAUGGAACAUCCUUUGGAUUUGUCAAUUGCCACCUGACCUCGGGCAAUGAAAAGGUUGCCAGACGAAACCAGAAUUACCUUGACAUCCUCCGGCUCCUGUCCUUGGGAGACAAACAGCUCAGCUCCUUUGAUAUUUCACUGAAAUUCACUCAUCUCUUCUGGUUUGGGGACCUCAAUUACAGACUGGACAUGGACAUACAGGAAAUCUUGAAUUACAUCAACAGGAAGGAGUUUGAUCCCUUGCUAAAAGUAGAUCAGCUGAACCUGGAGAGAGAGAAGAACAAAGUGUUCCUGCGAUUUGCUGAAGAUGAGAUAUCAUAUCCCCCUACCUACCGCUAUGAGAGGGGCUCCCGGGACACCUAUGUGUGGCAGAAACAGAAAGCAACAGGGAUGCGGACAAAUGUUCCUUCCUGGUGCGACCGAAUUCUGUGGAAGUCCUACCCUGAAACUCAUAUCGUGUGCAACUCCUAUGGUUGUACAGAUGAGAUCGUAACGAGUGAUCAUUCUCCAGUGUUUGCCACAUUUGAGGUGGGCGUGACCUCUCAGUUUGUCUCUAAGAAAGGGCUGCCCAAAUCGUCAGAGCAGGCCUAUAUUGAGUUUGAGAACAUUGAAGCCAUCGUGAAGACCGCUAGCCGCACCAAGUUCUUCAUUGAAUUCUACUCCACCUGCCUGGAGGAGUUUAAGAAGAGCUACGAGAACGACACUCAAAGCAGCGACAACGUGAACUUCCUGCGAGUGGGCUGGUCGUCGAAGCAGCUGACGACGCUGAAGCCAAUCCUUUCGGAAAUUGAAUACCUGCAGGACCAGCAUCUGCUGCUAACUGUCAAAUCGCUUGAUGGAUACGAAUCUUAUGGGGAGUGUGUGAUCGCUCUGAAGUCUAUGAUCGGCAGCACGGCGCAGCAGUUCCACACCUACCUCUCUCACCGGGGGGAGGAGACGGGCAACAUCCGUGGCUCGAUGAGGGUGCGCGUGCCAUCGGAGAGGGUGGGCACCAGAGAGCGACUGUACGAGUGGAUCAGUGUUGAUAAAGACGAAACAGGAGGUCUGAAGGGCAAGCAGUCCAGUUCCCGGGGAAGUCAUGAUUAUGUGAAACAGUCAGUGCGCAAACACCAGCCGAACGAGCCGCUGGGGAAGGUGAAUGAGGAGAAUGAGAGGAACCCCUCUCACGCAGCAGGACGUCCCAGUUUCCCCCUACCCUCCACCCCCAAAGAGGAGGCCACACAGACGAGGACAAAGCAGGACUCUGUUGAAGCAGACCCUUCCAACAGUAGGAACAGCUAUAAUAACCCUGCUUACUACAUCCUGGAAGGUGUGCCCAAUCAAUCAGCUGCUCUAUCGCCGGAGCUGACACCUGGCUCUGCCCUUCCACCCACCGGCUCCAAAGGAGCCACCUCAGGCAAGGUUAAGCCCCCCUGUGGUGGAUCAAUCCAGCCGCGCAGGCAGACAUCUGGACGACCCCCCCGCCCUGUAAGUGAAGAGGGGUCCUCGGAGGAAGAUGGGACUCACGGGGCACUCGGUGGCACGCUGAAUCGGCCUCCACCAGACUUCCCACCCCCACCUCUCCCGAAAGGCGCCGUGGAAAUGACGGAGAAUCCUUUCUACGCAUCAAGCAAGGACAUCAAGACGAGAAACCUCUAUCCAGACUUGGCGGACAUUAAGAUUCCAGCUCACACUAAGCCUUUGCACUCCCCCGGGUACCCCCCUGCAGUCCCCAGUGGCUCAGUGAGUACUUUCGGCCUGGACCCCUCUCCCUCCCUGGCCAGCGCCCCAUUCAGAAGAGGAGGGGGGGCUAGUGGCUUGGACGACCAGUCCUGCUCUGUCCUCCAGAUGGCCAAGACUCUGAGCGAGGUGGAGUACCAGCCUGGUCGAGAUCGCAACCCUCCUGUCCCACACAAGGCCGUGGGUCCUCCUCUCCGGGGUAUGGGGCUGCCGGACUCCUGCCGAACCUUCCCGCCCCGAUCUAUCCAUGAGAGCAUCGCCGAGGACCUUCCUGAGGAGGGUUGCUGGCAGGGGGGCAGCAGCAGCUCCAGUCUCUCCGUGGAGUCCAGCGUGGGCGAGUGGCUGCAGAGGCUGGGCCUGGAGCGCUACGAGGAAGGGCUGCUGCACAACGGCUGGGACGACCUGGAGUUCCUCAGUGACAUCACGGAGGAGGACUUGGAGGAGGCGGGAGUUCUCGACCCCGCCCAUAAGAAGAUCCUGCUGGAGAGCCUGAAGCAGCAGCAGAAAUAGUCCUGUCAGCACUGGGCCUUCUGCCCAGGAAUUGCACUGUAGUUCUUUUCAUGAACAAUGUUAAUAUUGAGAAAACCUUUUUUUAAAUCUAUGUCCCUAAAACGUUGUUAUUAAUAUGACCUUUAUUUAAAAUGUGCCCUUUAAUCCAACACCACUACAUGCACCCCCUCUUCAUAUUUUCUGGGGGGUUUAAAAACCAUCUUAUCAGGACUUCUUUAAGGUAAUAAAAUCAGCCUCUGUUUCAGAGAACUGUACCAAAUGCAGAAGACAGACCAUCUCUGUAUUAUUUUCCUGUUUUGUGGGAAAGGGAAAGAUUUUAAACCAAAUUAGCACCAGUGACACACCUUGAGUUUUCUUGCAACCCGAGUAGCGUUAGCUCUCCUGCUUUGUUACUUUCCAUGUGUGGGAGAUGUGAGACUGAAUCUCAGGUGACCUGAUCCUGGCCUGUCUGAAAGCUGAAUGGGCAAAAUCCGCUGAUUGAAGGCCACCUUAUGUCUUCUGUCCUUCUGUCCUUACCCAGCGUAUGUCGUUUGUCUCACAGAAUCUGGGACAUCGCAGAACGCCCGACUAGAAUACAUUGGGCUGAUAUCUUGUGCCCGCUGAUCUAGUCUACCUACCUAACCCAAAUAUAGGGUGCUGAAUCUAAAACACGAUACUGUGUGACCGAGUAUCACUGUGUCAGAUUUAACUGUUUUAAGGAUUAGAAUGAUGUAACUCCAAUAGCUCACAAGUAACUACUUAUAUUUUGAAGAUACGCAGAGGACAGACGGGGACGUUUGAUUAUCUGCAGCUUUACAAUCAAUGGGAACAGUUGUAAUAUGCUUAGGGUGCCAAAUAGAUUGACAAGAUUUGGACAGUCUUUGCUUUAUGGGCUUCAGAUUGUAGGUCUUUAUUCUCCUGGUUCUGCUGUUGUCGAAAACUAUAUUGAGCGAGGUUAAUGCAUGGGCUGAUAAUUGCACCAUGAUAUCCCAGUACACAAUAGGUAAGUAUCUACAUGUAACCAGGGAGAACUACAGGCUCUCUCAGGCUUGUAGUAAAAAAAAAACAUUCUAAGUGUUUCCACUAGAGGGAGCUGCUAGAUUUAAAAUCCAUAGCUGUGAUCUAGAGGGAAAAUCUUGAUACAUCUCCAAAGCAGGAUUGAAAUGUUUGAAUACAUUAUUCGGUAAAGGGAAAUCUACAACACGGCUAAUAAUGAUGUAAUUAGAAAGCAUGACAGUAGGUUCAGCAUUUCAAACACUAUCCUUUUUAUUUUUAUAUUGUGGUCUAUCAAAGAACUUCAUUUUUCUCAGUUUCACCUCUGGGUCAUAUCUCGCCCCAUAUCUCGUCAUAUCUGGGUUGUGCAGUUAGAGACUGGUUACAAGGUCUCCAGAGAAUUGGUCAGGAAUUGCCAAAAAUGAGUGACGUAUCUGACUUUCUUAAAGAAUUCGUUGUUUUUGUUUAGUGGUUAACUAUAUUAGUGAUGUGCAUGUACUGUACAAAGAGAUACAUUUAAAAGUUCCAGAUUUCCCUAAUGUUAUCUGUGAUCCGAAUAAAACCUUUUCAUUUCUUAAUUGGUAGCAGAAAGGUUGUUUGUGUAUUUACCACACACUUAUCAAUGCAGUAAAGAAUAAAUGCAAAUGGCAGAAAAUGAGACUGCCUCACUGGGAGAAAAGCAGCAAAGCGUUAAUACCUCUAAACCUCCUGGAGGUCUCCUGGUGUCCCAUGGCUUUUUUUUCUCUUGUACUGUAUUGUUUGAGUUCUCAGAUGACUGGUACCAGCACCUGUCUAUUUUCUGCACACCUUUAUCAAGUUCUCUUCUUGUCAGGAGACACACUGGAAAUAUUCAUUCUUAAGCCUUACCUCCCUUGUCUCUAAUUCUCUAUGCUGCUGUUUUAUAAAAUAGGAGCACUGUACAAAGUACAUUUAAAUGAAAACAAGAAGGUGUAGACUGUAUUUUGUUCCAUGUGUUUAGAACGUUGUUCACAAAUGAGCCAUCUAUUGAGAUCUGAAAUUUCUGUACUGGUGGAAGUCUCACCUCAGCAGACCUUACAUGUGUUUUCCUUUCUCAGUUGGUGAAUACUGAAAUUAUUACAUUUAUGUGCCUUUCAAAAGGUUGUAUCUGAAAGCCAUUUCAAGUCCUUACAAUGAAGCUGUGUGACAGGCCAUAUCCAUGACAGAAUUUCCUUAAUGACUGACGUGAUCAGUAUUUGGGGCAGUUAAACAGGGAUCUUUGAUGGCAUGACCAUUGGAAGGCUGCAGAACUGCAUGGGUCUCACUGAAAUUUUUGUACCAGGCUUCUCUUUGCUAGGAUUCUAGUCUCAGAUGCUCUCCAUGUCUGACCUCCAUGAGCAGAUGCUUUGUGACACUGCCAGCUCCCUUCAUUAACAUGACUGCUUUGUUGCGAGUCGUGUAAAGAGACAGCCCUUUUUAAACUUGUCUUGUAUCUACAAUAGGAAAACGAUUGAGACCAUUGAUACCUCACACUAAAUAACCGUCCUUACUGAUUCGCUCUUCAAAGCAGUGUCGUAUUCGCCAAGUUAAAUUGGCUUGUGUUUUGUGUUUGUGAUAAAGUUCUGAGGGCAUUUACAUUUUCAUUCUACCUUUGCAAUUCUUCCACGCCUUGGAUGUUUUAUAUUUUAGUUCCUGAUGGUCUUGUACAUAGUUUUCAUUCAUUUUAAUGGAAAAAGAGUGAAGAGUAAAAACCAAGGCUGAAUUCUCCAGUUACUAUUUGAGUACAGAAUCUAUGCAUCACAGUUUUUCUGCCUUUUCUUUUUCCUUGUCAUACUUCUGCCAAUGUCUGUUGCUUUGUAAAUGUGAUGAUGUUCGUGAAAACACAGCUGUCUGAGUAUUUUGUUGGGUCUAGUAUGUUACUUUACCAAAUAUAACAUGUAGUAACAAAAGAUCUGUUUUGCAUUCUGUACAAUAGGCAUUUCCAGAAAUUGGAAAUCAACCACCGCAAUAGCUACCUUUUUUUAAAGCCUCCAACUUCCAAGUGUUUUUUUCUCUUCAUAAAUGUGGCUGUUAUAUAGAAGCAACUAUCUUUUUUUGUCUUAAUUUAAAGUUCUAAUUUCUAAACUUUUAAAUACAUUUCAGACCUUAUUUUGGCUGUGUUGAAAAUGUUUGUAUUUGCUAACUUAGAGAUCUCGUCUUCUUAAAUUAAUAUUUUGGGUUGACUGUAAGCACUCCUUUUUCAACCAAUAAAACUAAGUUUUAACAUUUAA